AUGAACGAUGCACCGACUAUGGCCCGGCCCCACGAAUACACCUCUCUGUGGUGGCCCGAGGAGAGAGUCAAGGCCACGCUUGACACUAAGUACAUCAUUAGCCGUCUACGACCCGAGAGUGUUCCUCAGCUUUUCGAUCUACCCCGUUGGGGCGAGGGUUUGACGAGCGAAACCUACAUGGAAUGGAUUUUGACCAAAGCGGCCCGUCUCUUCUUGAUACUCAACGAGAUAGGAAUCCCUGAUCGAAUCUUCGCUCUUGUCGACGAGUCACGCGAUGACGAUGACCUACCGAUGGCAGAACAGAACAUCGAUCUUCUGUGCCUUUCUCCCUACGGCAACGAUCCUACCCUCGAUGCAAGCUUUUUCCAUACCCAAUGGCGCUUUCUAGUCCGCGGCAUUUCUGAAGGCGAGCACGUUGCUUACACAGCAAAUGAAGGUGUUCCAGUGGAGGCGGUACGAGCUGCGACGAGCAGUGGAGUACAGGGCAGAGACGAGACAGUUGAUAAGGUUAUCCUGUCCGGGACAGUGUGUCGUGUCUUUCUGCGCACCCGGGUCCAAGUUGGUGGCGCACCGCACUUCUUCUCGUCGAACGAAGUACUCGAAGAAAUUCGUUCUCUGAGAAAACUCACGCAUCAGCAUAUCUUUUCGAUCUAUGCUUCAUAUUUUGUCGAUGAUACUGUAUGUGUGCUGUUUACCGGCGCCGAAACAGAUCGCACCCUUCAUAGUUUCUUGAGUGAUGAACCUCUGACCUUCAAACGCCUGCCCAAGGAGGAGCGCCGUCAGACUCUCAUUACUUGGCCUCAUUGUCUCGUAUCCGCAUUGUCCUGGCUGCAUGUUCGUGGUCAUUCCCAUACUGCAAUUCGGCCUUCCAACAUUCUCAUCGACCCAGACUUCAAUAUCAUUCUGGGUCAAUUCCAAGCCCUCGAUUCUCUUCUUGCACCGCCGCGAGUUAACGACCUCGAGUCAUAUCAAUACUCUGCCCCGGAACGCUGGAUCCACACUGCUGUAGCACCCACUCAUCCAGUUCAGCAAGCACCUAGCAAAGUGAUUCUUCCUUCGGGAGGUCGAACUGGGCGGCGGAAGAAACCCGUUCGUCUUGCCUUAGCACCACUUAACGAAACUGGAAGCCCACCAUCAUCACCAGACAAUCCUCGGCCAGACUCUGCCGCGUCCAAGGGAACCGUUAUUCAUCUUGGACUCCCAAGAUCCCCAUCUCGCUUCUCCUUCGCUUUUUCAUCUUCGUCAUCCUCGUCCGGCGCAUCCUCAAAUUAUGCAUCUACAAACUCCACUUCGACCAGCUCCCCAAAACAAAGCAGUCCCCUGUGGUCCAAAAGACCACGAAGCCUCUUUCCAAUCCCAUCACUAAGAUCCUCGGCCUCCUCAUCGUCAUUGUCUUCAACGAGCUCCUCUCUAAUCACCCCACCCCCUUCGACUCCUUCAACCACCCUCCCGACCUGGCACUCAUCCCAGGCCUCCCAAUCAUCCGCAGACCUGUUCUCUCUUGCCGCCAUUAUCCUCGACAUUUUAACACACCUCUGUAAAAGAAGUCUGACCUCCUUUGUGUCUCACCGCAGCGCCCGCAACCGCUCCGCCGGUCGUGGCGGCGGAAUGGCAGACGCUUCGUUCCAUCUCGCCCGGAAUGCAGUCCAGGUACAAUCGUGGAUCGCCCUGCUAGAAGGCGACGCGCUGAAACGAUGCCGACGAGACCGUGGCAGUGACCGUUUCUACUACGCCGUUCCCCGAAUGCUGAUCGUCCUUCGCGCGAUGCUCUCCCCCGAGCCAGAAAAGCGGCCGUCCGCAAGCAGGGUGAAGAAGUGUUUUGGGGCAGCGAUUAAGGAAAUCCCAUCUACGCGUGGCCCUGCCAUUCCACUUCAUUGCAUCUCUCCUCCGAAGCAGGAGAAGAAGGCCGCUCCCAUCAAGGCAUGGCCGAAAGAGGCGGAGGUCAUGCCGGGGAUAAACAAGACGAACAACAGAGCGAGCAUGAUUAAGAGGCAGGCGUCCGUACCUAUCCUGACGAAGACGAAAGCGCAGUCUGUCCUCUCCUCGUCGUCGGUUUCUGAGUUUGAUUUUGGAUUUUCCGAGGCUACUAGUGAUAGUGAGACUAAUCCGGAGGAAUUGCAGGAUGAAAUCGAGGAUGAGGUUGAUCCUUCUAUUCUGGAUGAUUUUGAGGAAAUUGAACCGGUCGAUCGAGUGUUGCCCCAAUUAUCAUUACCGGAUCUUGAUGCUAAUAUCACUGGGAUUGAGGCGUUGACCUUCCGUACUUAG